UUAACAUUAAAUGCGCACUAUCCACCGCUUCCAAGUACUUCGAGGUCGACGCCAAUUUUGAAGGGGACCACCACGCCCUCGCCGACGCAAUGCCUGGUGUUCUCUCCGCCGCCGCUGAUUCUCUCUGCGCCGUCUGCGCCACCCACGCCUCCAAGAAGUGCUCGCGCUGCAAGGCUGUCAUGUAUUGCUCCCAAGAAUGCCAGCUGUCACAUUGGAGGUCUGGGCAUAAGACAGUAUGCAAGGAUUUUUGUGAAGACAGUGUAAGAAGUUCGGCUCAAAAUGGGGUAAUUAAUCGUGGGUUUAAGGCUUCCGCUGCUGGGGGUAAGAGCUCGUCUUCAAUUGCGUUAAUACCCAGUCGUGGAACAAUUUACAGGCCAAUCAAGCAGCCUAAUGAUGGACAGCUCCUCAACCAGUACAAGUUGCUGACGACUUCUGGAGCCUUCCCAAAGUGCCUCUCUGAGUCUCUGAUGAUUUCCUCCUUGUGGGCUCUUGAAUUGUGGAAACAGUGCCUCUCAUUCACAAGGCCACUUGUUGCCUACUUGUUGGAGAAGGGUCACCGCAGAGAAUGCAGUUGUAAUGAUUGGUGCUUUCUUUGUGAAUUUGAAACUCAUGUUGAAAGAACAAGGCUAAGUUCACUUGCGUUUUCUCCUAUGAAUAUUCUCUCUCGUUUGCCUAAUAUUGGUGGUACAUUGGGCUAUGGAAGACAAGAGGAUGCUCAUGAGUUCAUGAGGUUUUCCAUUGAUACCAUGCAAUCUGUUUGCCUUGAUGAAUUUGGUGGAGAAAAAGCUGUCCCUCCUAACCAUCAGGAGACUACCCUUAUUCAGCACAUAUUUGGUGGCCGUUUACAAUCUGAGGUGGUUUGCUCAGAAUGUGAUAAGAUUUCAAAACAGUAUGAAAAUAUGAUGGAUUUGACAGUUGAAAUUCAUGGAGAUGCUGCCUCCUUGGAGGAAUGUCUAGACCAGUUUACUGCCAGGGAGCGGCUUGAUGGGGAAAAUAUGUAUAAAUGUGAGGGGUGCAAGGAUUAUGUCAAGGCAUGGAAACGCCUUAGUGUGAACUGUGCUCCAAAUAUUCUUACAAUCGCUUUGAAAAGAUUUCAGAGUGGGAGGUUUGGAAAACUUAACAAAAGAAUAGCCUUCCCUGAGACUUUAAAUCUUAGCCCUUAUAUGAGCAAAGCUGGGGAUGGAUCCGAUAUUUACAAGCUAUAUGGUGUUGUAGUGCAUAUUGAUAUGCUAAAUGCUUCAUUUUUUGGUCAUUACAUCUGCUACAUCAAGGACUUCCAGGGGAACUGGUACAGGAUUGAUGACUGGAAGGUUAUGACUGUGGAGUUGGAAGAGGUACUUUCUCAGGGAGCAUACAUGCUUUUGUAUAGCAGGUGUAGUGCUCGGCCAUCAGGCCUUCAAAUUCAAACUAGUGAAUCUCCGGGGAUAGCAGAAGUUCAAACAACAAAAGUGGAAGUGGAGCCUGGACAAACUGAACAGGAUGAAUGCCUCCUCUCGAAUAUGAAAACUUUGACUUGUAGUAGAGAUUCUGAGGUUUUAGCAUCUGAUAAUAGUCCAGAAUCAAAAGUUUCUUUCUCCUAUGACUUCGAGUCCUCUGCUAUAUUGAACACAGAAGCCAAAAAAGAGCGGUUUGAGGAUGUGAGCACAAUUAAUGUUGAUUCAACCGGUAUUGCAAAUGAAAUCUCUUGUAGUGCUAUUGAAUCAACAUCUGUGCCUAUUUUUCGAACCGUCAAUGACUUGGGGGAUGUAGAUGUAACAGACAUAUCAUUAGAAGAGACUUCUGGCUCCAAGGAAGAGCAAUAUGAUACUGCUGCUAUGGUUAGGUCUGGUCCUUGUCUGGGUUUACCAAAUAACUCUUGCUUCUUUGAUAAGCAUUCUUCUAUUUCAAGGGAUGAUCGAAACGUGGAAGAAGAUUCAGAACACAUAGCCGUGGUUAAAGGCAAGUUGAAUGCAGCUAAAGAUAAUACAUAUUAUGGUAAUGGAUAUGUCAGUGCAAACGAGUUUUCUAUUCCAGUUGAAGACGCCGGCAUUCAAAUUUCUGGCAUCGCGUUUUCCCACUGA